CAAUUGCAUUAUGCCAUUCUGGAGUCUGGGAAGCGAGAGAAAACUGACAACAAGUCGUCGUCGUUUCACAUUCCCUUCUACCGAUCUCAAAGUGAAACCGAAAGCUCUCUCCACAGAUCUUCGUUCUCGAUCAUCUCUCUGCUUUCCUUGAAAUCCAAGGAGAAGAAGAAAGCAUAGCAACGAAAAGGAGGAGAGAUGUUGCCAACGUCGUCGAAACUCCGUUCGUCGUCCUCUACUGCUCGACCUAGUUCCAUGCUCCCUCAGUACCUCCGGCGAAUUGUCAAGUGGCAACAAAUGGAUAUUGAAUAUACUUUCUGGCAAAUGCUUCAUCUUUGCACCUCACCAAAAGUUGUUUAUCAACACACUAAGUAUCACAAACAAACUAAGAAUCAAUGGGCACGAGAUGACCCAGCUUUUGUUGUAAUCUGCAGCCUACUUUUGGCAGUUUCCACUUUGGCUUAUUGUGCUGCGUACGACCACAGCACUGCACAUGCUGCUUUUGUAGUUGUAUCUGUGUUGGUUUUCCAUUUUUUAAUUACUGGAGUAGUUUUGGCUACAUGUUGUUGGUUCCUAACUAAUGCAUACCUUAGGGAGGAGGCUCCAAAUAGUCAUGUGGUUGAGCAACGGGUUGAAUGGCUAUAUGCAUUUGAUGUGCACUGCAAUUCUUUCUUCCCGCUGUUUGUUAAACUUUACGUUAUACAUUAUUUCCUAUCUCCUCUUUUGGUAGCCCAUGGUUUGAUACCUAUAUUGCUGUCAAAUAUGCUUUUCAUGGUGGCAGCCUCCUACUAUCAUUAUCUCAACUUUUUAGGUUACGAUGUGCUACCCUUUUUGGAGAGGACAACGUUUUUCCUUUACCCAAUUGGCAUUGUCAUUGUUCUUUCUCCCAUUUUGAUUUUAAGUGGCUUCAAUCCUUCAAGAUAUUUUAUGAACGUAUACUUCAGUCAAAGGCUGUGAUUUUACCAAGCUCAACACUUCGGAUGGCCCGUAUAAUGAUGUGGGUGAUAGUCCUGAGGCUGCUUCAAUUCUGAGAAGGCGUAAUUCUUUCAUAUACAUUUAAAAGUUAAGGUAGGGUGGGUUGCAGAAUGAAAAAUCUUGGUAGUCCUAUUCCCUUACAAAUGAAAAUCAGAAGCUACUGAAGUAGGGUAGAAGUUUUUUUUGAAUAGUGUCAUUGAUCAAGUGGAUAUGUAACCAGUCAAUUCUGUAUUUGCGUUUCUAUCUGGAAAACUGAAUCUGAUAGAUAAUCCAAUUUAAACAUCCAGAUGUUUGUGCACAA